AUAAGUCAUUAACUAAAAUUAUUAAAUUUGUGCUCACCACACUAAUAGAAAAAUACAAAAAGUAUAAUUUUCUUAACUCACAUCAUUCGCGGUUUAAAUGAAAAUGUCAAUGUCAUGUUUUAACGUUAAAAAUGUAAAUAUAUUUUCAACAUUUAAUGUGUUUUUUUUUUGCCACGACUACUACUACUACUCUAACUAACUAGUGUGAAACUUACGUCAAAUAUGGGUGUCAAAUGUUAUUUGUCUAUUAUUGUUGGCUUUUAAUAUCCGUUAUUAAAUCAUAAGAUUAACUGAUGUAAAUAGACAGACAACUUUUCAAUGUUUUAUGAAAAUUUCCUAGACAUUUCAACAAGAUAAAGUUUUGAAUGAGAAAAACAAAAUAAACAUAACCCAAAGCAAUUUUGAAAAAAAAGCUAAAAUGUUAAAGUGAAGAAAAACAAAGAAUUUCCAAGAAAUAUCAAAUAAUUUACACAGGACCAGCACAUAAAUACUAAAAGACAAAAAGUAACAAGAAAAAACCCACCCACAAACAAAAUAUGAUUGAAAUGUUUGAUGUGAACAAUUUAAAUGCGACAGCCACAAUAACAAAUAGAAUAAUAGAAAAUGUUAAUCAAAGUAAUAACACUAAUAAUGAUAAUCUGCUAUUGCCCUCCUCCUACUCCGCCUAUACAUCAUCAUCGUCGGCGUCGUCUGCCUACGCGACACAAGAAAAUAACAACACGGACACAGCAAUGUUGCUCACGGAUUUGGUAGUAAAUGCCACGGCGGCUGUUGUUGAUUAUGCCACACAAUGGUUGACAACAACAAUAGCAACAACUGCCGCAAAUUUAACCAGUAGUAUCAGCAAUGAAACCACAACCACAUUAUUUCCAUCCACCGAUAGUAUUUUAAAUUAUACCAUACCAUCAUUGUCGUCAUCAUUUGGCGACAGCAGCAGUAGCAGUUUUACAAAUUUUUCAAAUCCUGCCAACGACAACAAUAUCAUCAACACUACUACCACCACAACCACCACCUCCACGAUGUUGUCAUCAGCAUCCUCCUCUCCAUUUAUACUAAAUGCUGAUCUCAUUGGAGAAAAUACAAAAUUAGCUGAUGAUAGCAAUUACUAUGAUGACAUGCAUGAAUGUCAUCCAGAAAAUCCAAACUUUAAUUGUUCACGCUCCGAUUAUAUGUUAUUCAUUUUGGGACCCCAAACAAUGCCGCUUUUUAAAUCUUUGAGUACAACAAUUUUAUAUGGUGGCAUAUUAAUUACGGGUCUUUUUGGUAACGUUUUAGUUUGCAUUGUGAUUUAUAAACACUCAAAUAUGCAUACGGCAACAAAUUUUUAUCUAUUCAGUCUUGCUGUGUCAGAUCUUAUUUAUUUAAUAUUUGGACUGCCCAUGGAAGUGCUUUUGUAUUGGCAUCAAUAUCCGUAUUAUUUUGGUUUGCCAUUUUGUAAAGCGAGAGCUUAUAUAUCAGAAGCCUCAACGUACGUAUCAGUUUUAACAAUAGUGGCAUUUUCGGCGGAACGUUAUAUAGCAGUUUGUCAUCCCUUAUAUUUGUAUCUACAGACUGGUUUUAAAAGAGCCCUACUCAUAAUUGCUGUACUAUGGCUUUGGAGUUUUUUAGGAGCCAUACCGUUUUGCAUAUAUACCGAAAUUAAUUACUUGAACUAUCCCCCCGAUAAUUCAACAAUUGUGGAGUCAGGAUUUUGUGGUUUUGAUACGCCUGAAAAUAUACCCAUAUUUGAGGUUUCAUCUUUGGCCUUUUUUAUUAUACCCAUGUUGGCUAUAAUUUAUUUUUAUUUUUCCAUGGGUGUUAAAAUAUACACCAGAAGAACACAGAAAUUGGCCGCUGUUGUGUUAACAUUCUUUAUCUGUUGGCUGCCGUUUCAUAUACAACGUUUAUGGUAUGUCCAUGGUAAGGCAUUUACAAAUUAUCAAGAGGUUAAUGAAACCUUAUUUUCUAUAGCUGGAUUUGCUUACUAUUUUACUUGCACCAUAAAUCCCAUUUUAUAUAAUUUAAUGUCACAUCGUUAUCGCAUAGCAUUUCGCAAUACUUUGUGUUGUAAAACUGCUCGGGAUCAAUCGAGUUUUCGUGAAAUAACCAUUGCCUCUAGUUUAAAUAAUACCACCUAUGAUCCUAUAAGUUCGGUUCGAGUACGCUCUGUUAGAAUUGUGAAUCAUAUUAGAGAUCGAAGUUCGAUAAAAUCUAAUAAUGGUUUAUGGAAGAAAUCAGAUUUUAAUACGCCAAAAGAGGAGGACAUACCGGAAAAUCAUUCAACAGAUUCAACCGGUACCAAUGCCAUAGUGGUUUGUGUCGAUAAUAAUGGUGUUAAUGGUCGCACAAAAGUUUUUACCGAAAAUGAUGCCCAAGAAACUUUAUUAAAUAAAAAGAAUGAUGAAACUUAUAUUUAGGCUAACGACGAGGAGGAAGAGGCUAAAAAAGCAUAAGUUGUGUUGCUUAAGAGACUCAUUUAAGAUGGUGAAAGAAAAAAUCUAAACAACGAACAAAUAAACAACCAAACAACCAAAAGAAAAAACAUCUUAAAAGACAAAUAAAAAGACUUUAAUUUUUAAGGUAAAAUUUUGCUUUUGUUCUUAUUAUUUUCUAAAACAAAAAAGAGAAUCUUCAAGUUUAUGAAAAAUUAUUAUUUUUAUUAUUAUUUCGGCGAAAAAAAAAAAAACGAAAAACAAAGUUAUGUCUCUUCCCCUUAGUAAUUUAAACAAAAAAUAAAGAUACAACAAAGAUAAAGUCUGUUUAUAAAUAUAUUUUAUAAUAUAAUUUUUAAGAUUUAUUAAAUAAUGCUACUAGCUUUUUAUUUAGUAUGUAAGUAAGAUAUUUUUGUAAAAACUAAUUGAGAUUUUUAGUUUUCUCUAACAGAAGGUUGGUAAAGGAAUUUUGAAAUAUUCGGCUGGUUCCAUUUUUUUGUGUAUACCCUAAGGUCAGCGUCUAUUAAGAAAUUUUGUUAGACACAAAACUUUUUAUAAACAAGUAUGAAUGUACAGUCGAGCAUGACCGUCCAUUAAAUUUAAUUCCGGAAUUUUUUCCUUAUUGCUGAUAAUAAAAUAGAUUUUCUUAAAAGAGGACUCAUAGGGUCGUAGGAGUAAAUAUGGGACUAUUGUUAUAAAUUUUGUUAGAGGAACUAACGUCUACUUCAAAAGUAUUUAUGUAGAUUUUAAUCGUUUUAUUAGUGUUUGUAAGUGAAUUGAAAAUGAGACCUGUUCAUUAGAAAAAUCGGUAGUUUUAUUUAUAUUUUUAUAAAACUAAGUUUUUGCCAAUUUGUCUUGACAUAAUGGAACAUUAUAUGAGCAUAAAGGCCUGAUUCAGAGGCUAGGCGAAAUAAUGGAUUUCAACCAUUUUCAAAAGCAUUCGUCCUAGGAUCAAAGGAAGACUAUGUGCAACUUGUAGCUUGCGCACAAGCUUUACAUGGACACACAGAGUGACGGAUGGAUAGACGGACAAGUCACAAUAGGCCAAUCGGCUUAAGUGGUUCUUAGCUGAUUGUUAUACUUUAAGGUGGAUCAAGGACCAAUAUUUUUGGAUGUUAUAAACAUCAGUACAAAUACAACUUAAAAUUUUAUAAUACAACUUAUAAUUGUUAUACAUAAAAUUUUCUAUAGAAAAAGUGUUAUACAAACAAUUUUCUAUUAAAAUUAGUGUUAUACUCAA